UUUAUGCAACAUUUGACUUCAGUUCUCUUCAUUCUUUAUUUUUUGUUGAAGGGGUGUUUGUGCAGUUCCUUCAGAAAAUGGGUAGCAACGAAGUUUCAGCAGAGGCACUUAUGAUUUGUGCCCCAAUCAGAAGCCAAUGUGUUGAGCAAAUUUUGAAGGAAAUGCAUGAAGCAAAGGCACAAGGUGCUGAUGUUGUUGAGGUUAGCCUUGACCAUAUCACCAACUUCCACCCUCACAAUGACCUUCAAACCAUCCUCACCAAUAAGCUUCUCCCUAUCCUCUUUUCUUAUAGGCCAAAAUGGGAGGGUGGUUUAUACGAAGGAGAUGAGAAUAUUCGGUUGGAAGCAUUACAACUUGCUAUGGAAUUGGGAGCUGAUUUCAUAGACAUUGAGCUUAAGGCAGCUUCUUCUUGUCUUAAGACCAUGAUGGAAUAUAAGAAAAAGCAUAGCAAUCAUGGAAAAAUAAUUGUUUCGUCCUAUGUGGAUGGAGUGACCCCUCCAAAAUCAGAACUCCUUAAGCUUGUUACACUUAUGAAAGCAACUGGAGCAGAUAUCAUCAAGCUUGUCACAAAUGCACAAGACAUUACAGAAAUUGAAAGAAUAUUUAGUAUACUUCCCUAUUCUCAGGUACCAUUAAUUGCUUAUUCUGUUGGAGACAGAGGGUUAAUAAGCCAGGUUCUGUGUCCGAAAUUCGGAGGGUUCUUUGUCUAUGGAUCUUUGGAUGGAAAUCCAAUCCCUGGUAUGCCUUCUUUGGAAACUCUCCGGGAAGCAUAUAAAUUGGAACAUGUAAAUGAGGAUACCAAAGUUUUUGGCCUAAUUUCAAAACCAGUUGGCCACAGCAAAGGCCCUUUGCUGCAUAAUCCUACUUUCAGACAUGCAAAUUUUAAUGGAAUGUAUGUCCCCAUGUUUGUUGAUGAUCUUAAAGAAUUCUUUAGCACUUACACAAGCCCCGAUUUCGCGGGUUAUAGUGUUGGCUUUCCAUACAAGGAGAAAGUUCUAACCUUUUGUGAUGAAGUCCAUCCUCUUGCUCAGUCUAUAGGAGCUGUUAAUACUAUUGUAAGAAGAUCAAUUGAUGGGAAGCUAGUUGGCUACAAUACAGAUUGUGAGGGUGCAAUCACUGCUAUUGAGGAUGCUCUCAUAGAGCAUGGUUGCAAUGAUGGUGGAGCAUGCUUAAGUUCACCUCUUGCUGGAAGAUUGUUCGUGCUAGUUGGUGCCGGUGGCGCUGGAAGAGCACUGGGAUUUGGUGCUAAGAGUAGAGGAGCUCGCGUAGUCAUUUUCGACAUUGAUUUUGACAGAGCAAAAUCUCUUGCAAGUGCUGUAUUUGGUGAAGCUCUGCAUUACAAAGACUUGGCCAAUUUUCAGCCAGAGAAAGGAGCAAUUCUUGCAAAUGCAACACCAAUAGGAAUGCAUCCUAAUAUUGCAGACAUAAUUUCAGUAUCAGAGGAAACUUUGGAAGAUUAUGAGUUGGUGUUUGAUGCUGUGUAUACACCAAGAAAAACAAGACUAUUGAAAGCAGCAGAAGCAGUUGGAGCAAUAACAGUGAGUGGGGUAGAAAUGUUCCUACGCCAGGCUAGAGGGCAAUUCAAUCUCUUCACGGGUCUUCAAGCACCUGAUCAAUUUAUGCGGGAAAUUGUUCUAUCCAAGUUUUGAUUUGGUUCAGCUAUCAAGAAAUUCAAACAAAAUUAAAAGUCCAUCAUCAAAUUAGAUCACAAUUUACCCUUAUGCACUCUAAAUAAUGACGGCUACUUCCUCAGUUCUAGUUGUAAAGAUAUGACAAGUGAAAA